AUGAAACACGUGCCGUACAAAAGAAAGGACGCCCGCAACGACCAAGGGAAUGCCAUUUACUAUAAGUUGGUCGACGAAAAAAAUGGUAAUGAAAUGACCGAGCUAGAGAAUUGCACCGGUGACAUUUACGCAACUGUCAGGGAAGUGGGUCCUCCCCCUGUUACGGGGUCUGGUGACGCCGAUUCAGAAGAGAAAAUUUUGGGUGUAGAUUAUUUGAGUUCCAAUUUUAGUGGAAGCACAUCUGGUAGAUAUGGCGCCGCCGAUCCCAUGUUAGCUGCUCGUAGUUACGAAGAAUUAUUAGUGUCCGCUUCCAAACCUGGUAUUCUGUUUGACAGUGAUGUCAAGCCAGAACAGCAGUUGAGGGCAUUGGAUUACCAUUGCGAGCGAUCGGAUGUUACACUCGAUUCGCACGUGAAAACCAUGCAGAUUGUGAAUCCUCCCGAAUUGAUGGAUUCCAACUCUGGCAAACAUGGUAUAUCGCGACAUACAGUGAUGCCUUCCGCUGCUACUGAUUCAUCACCAUACACUUUAGAUGGGCGAAUGCAAUUCUACGAACAGGGUUUGGAUAUCAAAUAUCAAAUAGAGCACGUAAAGGGUAAUGGUUCCCAGGAUGAUGAAGCGUUGCGUGAUUGUAUGACAUCUUCUCAACAAUCUCUUCAACCUUCUACUGACACCGAACCACCAUUUUCGUAUGAACCUACGGCCUACGCUACGCAGACGGCGACAGAGUACGACACUUUGUCGCAGAGUAGUGUAUCCUUUUCAGCUUUCGAACGAAGAGACGCAGAGAGUGAUACUUCACUUCCCAUCGCGAAUAUUGGCCGUGUCAUGAAAAGCGUAUUGCCUGGGUCAGCCAAGAUUGCUAAACAAGCAAAAGACAUCGUCAGAGAAUGUGUCACAGAAUUCAUCCUUUUUGUGUCAUCAGAGGCGAGCGAUAUAUGUACGAAUGAGCGUCGAAAAACUCUCAGUGCAGAGGACAUCCUGUUGGCGAUGAAUGCAUUGGGGUUUGAACACUACAAUGAAGCCUUGCGUAGCUAUCACACCAGAUGGAGAGAGCGUGAUCAGUCGUCUGUGAUGGAGCACUAA